UCUUUUCCAGAGUCAUGGCUGACUCGCACAAGUGGGUUACACACGGCUAUACGCUCGUUUCGGUGAUAUUCAACACCGCCGUUUCCACGGAUUGUGGGCCGCGAAAGAAAUUCUACGGCGGCUUAAACAGCAAUUGGAAAUAGGCGGGUAGGUUUGCCGGAGAUAAUGGUGAUAGGAUGGCUUCGCUACACUACAUAUGCGUCCACGACGUCAGGCUUUGACUGUCGACACGGCUAGCGGCGGCGUCAUUUUUCAAACAUAUACACAGGCACGCCCCUUUCUCCAGGCCUGCUUCCCACACAUCGACACCGCACCGGCACCGCAACCAUGCAGGAGGAAGACUACGAGAUCCUGCGCGCCGAACGCGAUGCGAGUCCUGCGCGAUACGCUCAAUGGGACCGCAGCGACCAGCUUCGUCGCGAGUACAUCCAGCAGCAUGGACACAAUGGCCGUCCGGGCGAUCCGCAGCGCAACAUGAGCGAGCAGUCGGUGGCGCAAGAGGCCGUUGCGACACCACACGUCCUGUCGCGCCAGAACAGCGCGUCCUCGACGUCGACGUCCUCGUCCACCGCCUCGCACUCGACACGGGCGCCGCGCCUUGAGGAAAUCCGCACCGCCCGCUCCACAGGCCAGACCCACGACAACUCAACCGGUUUUCUCUCGCGCCACCCCACCGAGCGCGACCCCGAGGCCCUGCGCCGCAUUGAGACACACCGCAGCCAGCAUGCGGGCACAGUCGGCGCCUCCCAGGUGCCCUCGCGCCUCACACAGACGCUCUCGCGCCGCCGCACCGACCGACCGCUGCCCUCGCUCGGAGCAGGCAAGCCCAUGCCCCCACCGCUGCCCGACCGCGAUGAAUAUGUUGUCGAGUUCGACGGCGUCGACGACCCGCGCAAUGCGCAAAACUGGCCCUUAAAGAGAAAGAUCGGCCUUGGCGCUGUCCUGGCGUUCGAUGCCAUUACGGCAACCAUGGGAAGCAGUAUCUUCUCGAGCGCAACCCUGGUCGUCUCUGCGCAUUUCGAUGUGGGGCGGGAAGUCGGCACGCUGGCGACAAGUUUGUUUGUGUUUGGCUAUGCCUUUGGCCCGCUGAUGUGGGCUCCCUUCUCCGAACUGUACGGCCGCAAGACGCCGCUCAUCAUUGCCGCCUUUGGCUUCUCCGUCUUCACUGUUGCCGUGGCCGUCGCAAAGGACAUACAGACCGUGCUCAUCUGCCGCUUCUUUGCGGGCCUCUUCGGCUCCAGUCCGCUAGCCAUCGUCGCCGCCGUAUUCGCAGACAUGUUUGACAACAAGACUCGUGGUAUGGCCGUCGCUGUCUUCAGUUUGUGUGUCUUCCUGGGGCCCAUGCUGGCCCCCUUCAUCGGCGGUUUCAUCACAGAGAGCUAUUUGGGCUGGAGGUGGACCAUGUACAUCAGCGCGCUGAUGGGCUUCGCCAGCUUCACACUCCUGAUCCUCUUCAUGCAGGAAACAUACGCGCCUGUAGUGCUUAUCAACAAAGCAUCUGAGAUGCGUCGCCGCACAAAGAACUGGGGCAUCCAUGCUAAACAGGAGGAAAUCGAAGUUGACCUCAAAGAACUCAUCGUCCGCAACGUCAGCCGUCCUCUUCGUAUCCUCUUCACCGAGCCCAUUGUCCUGCUCGUUACCAUCUACAUGAGUUUCGUUUACGGCAUUCUGUAUCUUUUGCUAACCGCCUACCCACUCGUGUUCACACGUGUAUAUGGUUGGAACUCUGGCGUCUCUGGCCUCGCAUACUUUGGCUUGAUUGCCGGCCAAGUCAUUGCUUUUAUCGUCAUCAUCGCCAUGAACGGCCGGUACGUGCGCAAACUAGAAGCCAACAACAACAUCCCUGUGCCCGAAUGGCGACUGCCCAUCAGUAUGGUCGGCGGCGUCGCGUUCGCUGCAGGCUUGUUCUGGUUCGGCUGGUCCGGCUACAGCGGGACAGUGCACUGGAUUGUACCCAUACUUUCCGGCCUCCUGACUGGCUUCGGCCUGUUCACCAUCUUCCUCUCCCUCCUAAACUACAUCGUCGACGCGUACCUCAUGUUCGCCGCCUCGGCUCUCGCAGCAAACACCUUCAUGCGCUCCUGCUUUGGAGGUGUCUUCCCUCUCUUCGCUACCUACAUGUUCGAGGGCAUGGGCGUGCAGUGGGCGUGCACUCUUAUCGGCGGUGUCGCCUUGCUCCUCGUCCCCAUGCCCAUCAUGUUCUACAUGUAUGGCAAGAAGAUCAGAGCGAAGAGCACGUUUGCACCUGCCCCUGACAUCGCGCAGGAUAGGCGCAGGGACGAGGAGGCCAGAGUGGGACUUGCGGAGGAUGGCGGCUUGGGGAGCGCAGAGAGUGACGAGGGUAUCCAGAAACAACGAAGUAAGGAACAGUGAAGUUUUUAGUUUGUACAAAAAAAUCUUUUUUUGGGCCGGUUUUUUUGAAAAAAUGCGAUUUAGCGUUAGAGCAAGGGUGGGUUUUUUUGUAAUAGUGGUUUUCUAUGAUAUCACACGUCGUUUUUUCUCUUUUCUUCUUUUUCUAGAAUUGGUCGGAUGAAGGGUCUUUGAGAUGGGAUGGGGUGGGCGUCUUGUGCUGAGCUGGGAGGUAUCGUUAGCAGUAUCUUCGAUCAACAUGCUGGGUAUCACACGUCUUGCCUCAUCCCCUCAUGAUCCGUUGUCUUCACAAUCUGAUCUGAUUUGAGUUCACUCCCCUCCCCUCCCCUCAACGAACGCUGCACU